AUGGGUAUACUAUUUACUCCAGUAAAUGAUGAUCCAUAUGCUAAUAUUCCAAGUCAUAUGGCAUUUACCAGUACGUAUCUUUCGACAGUUACUGCAGACUUUGGCGAGGACAACUUCCUGACAUGCCCAAUUGGUAUACUUUUCACACUCGGUAUCCUGUUAGGUUCUGGUGGUGCUCAAGGUAGAACAGGUUAUCAAAUUGGAAAAACAAUGAGAUUGAAAUCGACAUCUUCUUCAUGGAAUUCUUCGGAAGCUCAACAAGAAAUGAAAUCAUUAUAUCAAGAGCUUAAUAACUCGCUCACUUCAGAAAAAACAUUCUUAAAUGAGAAAGAAGAAAAUGUUGUUAGAAUAUCAACAGGUAUAUUUGUACAAAAUACUUACAAAGUUGAAACACGUUUUAACGAAAGUAUUGCAAAUGAUUUUGAAGGAGAAUUGAAACAGGUGGAUUUUUCUAAUGGAACUAGUGCUACAGUUGAUAUCAAUGAUUGGGUUGAUCAACAGUCUAAUGGUUUAUUGGAGAAAUUCUUUACAGAUGAUAUUCCAGAUGAUACUGCGAUGAUACUGGUAAAUGUUUUCUACUUUAGAGAUUUUUGGCAAAGUCCAUUUGAGCCUCAUUACACUAGAAAGGAGGAUUUUUAUAUUUCACCAGAUCGUCAAAUAACAGUUGAUAUGAUGACUCAAGAAGGAGUAAUGAAAUAUGGAAAAUUCGAAGAUGAAGGAUUUGAGAUCGUCAGUAAACCAUUAAAUAACACACGUUUCACAUUUGUUAUCGUGUUACCUCUUGAAAAGUGGUCGUUAAAUGGUGCCACAGAACUUCUGAAUGGCAAUAAAGUUUUAAGUGAAUACGUAAAGAAUUUGAAAGAAACUACAGUGUCAUUACGAUUACCGAAAUUUACAUUGAAAAAUACACUUGACCUUGUGCCAACAUUAAAGUCUAUCGGUGUUGUCGAUUUGUUUGAUCCAGUAAAAUCUGAUCUGUCAGGAAUCACACCUAAUCACAAUCUAUAUGUGAAUGAAUUUAUUCAAACAAAUGUAUUAAAAUUAAAUGAAAGUGGAAUUGAAGCAACCACUGUAACUUCACCUAUAUUUGUGCCUAUUUCAGCCAUUAUACCAGAAGUAGACUUUCAUGUAACUCAUCCAUUUAUAUGCUUUAUAUAUGAUCAACAAUUAACAAUGCCGAUAAUGGCAGCUAAAGUAAUGAAUCCAAUUUUACAAUCGUAGUGAAACAAUCAUCA